AUGAGAGACAGGUUAAUCAGGGACGGGCGGGCGCUGCACCAGAACCGAGACUCGGAGGGAGAUCGUUUGCUCAGCUCGUCUCAAGUCCGUCAAGACUUUCGGAAGGAAGCUGAGCACCCCGGAAUGUUUGCCGGGAAAGAAAAGCUUCUCUAUUGUUAG